UACUCCCCACUCGCCACUCCCAGGCUUCCUCUUUUAAAUACUUCAUCCCUGAGACGAGGCGCCAAAGAAACACUUUCCACAGUCGCUUGCUUAUUUCCCAAGUUGAGAGAUUGUGAGCGAUCGAUCGAUUAUUCGAUUCUAGGGUUCCUUGAUCUCGGCGUUAGCUAGAGAUUGAGAGAACCGCGAGAGAGAAAGAAAGGCGAAGAACAAAGAACUUCGGUAAUUCUUCCGGUGGAAUCGCGCGCUAAAGACAAGAUGGCUCGCUGUUUUGGUUACCAGCCUCCCGAAAGCUACCUCAAGCUUGUGGAAGAGAUGAGGAGCCAUGGGAAAAGGGACAUAGGAAAAUGGAUGAAAAGGAAGAGCAGAAGAGAAGCUAAGGAAGCAGAAAAGAUCAAGUCCAAAAGAAUGAAGCAUUCUCAUCACGAGAGUAAAGAAGAAGGUGAAAUCAGUGAUGUUACAGAAGAAGAAGAAGCAGAAAAGCUCAAAUCCAAAAGAAUGAAGCAUUCUCAUCACGAGAGUAAAGAAGAAAAAGAAGAAGGUGAAAUUAGUGUUGUUACAGAAGAAGAAGAAAAAGAAGAAGGUGAAAUCAGUGAUGUUACAGAAGAAAACGGCCCCCCUGAAAGCCCCUGCAGUUCCUCGGAUUCUGUCAAUCCUCGGAAGAGCUUCACUAUAAUCGAAUCAUCGAAGAAGGAGAUGUCGAGGCACGAGCUAUACGAGGCUCUAACGACUGGUUGGACGCCGCCACAACUGAAGAUGUCAGAGCCAGAAGACCUCGGGUGGCUGUCUGGUUCCAGAAAGACUGAUGGAGUCAGAUGCCAGGCAAGGAGCAGUGAAGUUCGACACAACAAUGUUCUGGUUUAUGCAUUGCCCUAUACGGCUCCCAUUUGAUGAUACCAGCAGCUGGCUGAAGAUGGGGAAUAUGAUUCAUCUUAAUGGGUUCCCGGCUGUUUAUGGAGAGAUUUAUGUAUAUGAUGUAACUCGGUGAACUCACCAUCGUAUCGUAAUGAGAAAGAAGAAAGAAGGGGCAGGGGCCCAACUCUGUGGAUGUAGGCACAACUUGCCGAACCACGUAAAAAAUCUCGUGUCUCUCGUGUGAUUGCUUAUCUCUUAAUUCAUUCCAUCACUAGAAGUUAAUAACGUUAUUUGAGAAUC